GAGAGAACUUAGUCUAUUAAAAGUCUUAAAAUUGACAGCACCCUUGUUGGUGCAAGAACUUAGUAAUGCGCCAUCGGGUCUUUUUUUUUGUUAGGGAAACCUUGUCUAAGCCGAAAGGGUCUUCACGGUAUGUAUGUUGCCUGGAGAAGACCGUCUUAGUCUAUUGUUUUACGUAGAAACCAAGCCGAACUCAAGGCAGACGUGAAGCAGGAUUGUCAGCAAACUACUAAGAGUUGGAACAAUCAAUAAGCCGUGUACAAGUACCAGAACAUCGAUUUCGAUUUUUUUAUACAUCAUUCGGUAAUACCAAUCUUGUUAUACAUCAGUUAUGACGCGUAGUGGCAGGUCGCUUUCAACUUACUCGGUCAUCUUGUUAUGUUAUACGUGUAGCAGUAGGAUUUAUUGUAAUUCUCGGUUUUUGUAGAUGGAUCAUAUCUUUGAACCUCCAACAAGAAAUUAUAUUUUGGUUAAAACAAAGAACAAAUAAGAGAAGGGGACAACAACAACAUCAAAAACAAAGAUACGAAGAUACUAAGUCUAAGAACAAAGGUGAGAGAAAGAUCAAACAGCGCGAUAUUUCUGUAACUACACAAGCGUUAUACUACACAAAGGUACUAUCCGAUCGUCCGUAUUAUUAUAAUUUGCAACAAUCGAAAGGUGGGUAAAAAAUAACCGAACUAUUACGUAUUAUGCUAGAAGUAAUAUCACCGUCAAUAAGAACAAUAUGAAUAUUUUUGGAGUCACCUUCAGUAAAAAGUGCAACCAGCCUGUGAUGUGUCAGUAAGAACGUUUCUCUGUAACAGUAGAAACAAGAAAGCAAUUAUGGGCGUGUAGAAUACAAGUAGUGCACGUGUGAGAGAAUACAUAUCCUAGUGCACGAUCCUUCAAAAGCCCGCUGAAGGGAACGAUAAGAUAAAACUCAUUUUUUAUCCUCGUGAAUGAUUCCAAGAAGAAAGGUACAACCCUAGCUAGUGAUAGCGUACGAAGAGCCAAGAAUGACAAAUGUGAUUACCUUCUCGACAGAGAUUGAUUAUAUCUAUAAACGUAUUGACUUUUUUACAACUUACGCAUUGAUGUUGUACUGGUCGUAGUGGAGAAAUUAAAAGAGUUUACCCCGAGGCACAUGAUGAGAGGCCUUGGCAAACUACUACUCUUGAAGAAGAGUACUUACUUCAUUUCGCACUACUACUCGUUGGCGUCGCUCCCGCCCAGGUGUGUCAUUCUCGUUGGAUUUUCGACAAGACGCAGCCAGUUAGUUACUAGCUACUUAUCGGGAAAGCCUUGGGACUUCUUUGCCAUGCGUUAGCCCCUCACAUUUGCCUUGGCUGUUGCCCCUUAUGUUCUGCCCCGCUGUCUCCAAGUCUUUGCCCCCCUUCACCUUCCUCGCCUCCACCUCCCUGCCUUCACCUCCCUGCCUUCACCUCCCUGCCCUCACCUCCCUGCCUCCAUUUCCUAACACCCAUCUCCCUGCUUCCGCCUCCUUGCCUUCUCUUCCUUUCUCCCACCUCCCUGCCCUCACCUCCUUGCCCCCAUCUUUCUACCCCCACCUCCCUACCCGCACCUCUCUACCCCUACCUUCGUACCCCCACCUCUCUACCCCCACCUUCCUACCGGCACCUGCCUGCUUUUACCUCCUUGCCUCCACCGAGCAGGGCCUCGCUAGUUAAAGUUAAACACUCCCUAGAUAUAAUUUUCGAGUUAAAAAAAAGGGGGCACUUUCUACCUAUAGGGCGACAGUUGCUAGCAAAAUCCUGACACUUAUUAGUUAAAAUUGUGCACUUUCUGUCUCAUCUAGUUAGAGUUCGGCAACUUUCUAGCUAACGCCAGACACUUACUAGCUAUAACUCGACAGGUACUAGCGAAAAUUCGACGCUUAUUAGUAGCUAAAGUUAUCCACCACCACCUACUAGCUAAAAUAUAACUAGACACUUCCUCGCUAAGGUUAGCCACUUACUAGAAGCUAUAACAUGAGGAGACUUACUAGCUAUACUAUAGCUCGACACUUACUAGCUAGAGUUCGAUGCUAGCCCCAGGCGCUUACUGGUUAGAGUUUGACACUUACGAGGUAUAGGCCGACACUUACUAGUUAGAGUUAGACACUUACGAGCUAGAGUUAGAAACUUACUAGCUGGAGUUAGGUACUUGCUCGCUCUAGUUCGACAGUUCUUAGCUAUAGUCUGGCGCUUUCUAGUUAUAGCGCGUAACCUACUAGCAAUACCUCGACACUUGCCAGCUACAAUUCGGCGCUUGCUACUGGUGGCUAGGCAUUUGCUAGCUAGAGGCCGACAGUUACUAGCACUAGCGAAGAUUCGACACCUAUUAGCUUUUAUAAUUAAACACUUCUUGGCUGUAGAGUGACACUUUCUAGUUAGAGUUAAACGCUUUCUAGCUAUAGAGAAGAGUGGCACUUUCUAGUUAAAAUUAGACAGCUACUAGCUAAAGUUCAACAGCUACUAGCCCAAGGCGAGCACUUCGCAGCUGUAGAGUGACGCCUGCUAGUUAUGGGGUGCUUGGCUGUCUUUUUGUUAUGUUUUUUCUAUGAGCGCGCGAACGUUGUUGCGUAUUCUUAUUGCCCAUGAUUCGUGUGUAACUACUCGUCUACUCUUCAUUAUUUGCGGCUUCUAAUUAAUCUAUAUUAUUAAUCCGCUUCACUAAAAUUAAUACCUUAGCAGGAGAGAACUUACAUUUGAAUCCAAAUUAUGACUUUUCAAUAUUAAUCUACAUUAUUACUCUACAUGACUAGCCGAGAUCGCUUUUAAUCUACCUUACAAAUCUAUGUCGUUAGUCUCCCUUGUUAGUUUACAUUUUUUGCCUACGUGUACGCAGUUCAUCUACGUACAUGGCUAGUCUACGUUAUUAACCUACGCUAGUCUUCUACGUUAUUACCCCUGGCUAUGAGGCUACGCUUUUAGUCUACUUUAUUAAUCUACGUAAUUCCUCUACGUUAUUGCCCUACAUUAUAUCACUGCCCUACGUUAUUGCCCUGACUCUGUCGCUCCCGUUCUUGCACUCCAGGGCGGGGACCGGACUCACAGCAGGUCCCUGGCGUGGCGGUCUGGCUUCCUACCAAACCUCUGCGCUUUUGCCAAAGCAACGAUCUCCGCGCCUGUGAGGCGCUCAGGACCUCGCUACCCACAAGCCCCGCCCCUCAUACUCAGAAUGGGCGCCAUCCCAUGGGCGUAGGACGUCCCUCGCCGCUAUUGCUCGCGGCCCCUGUGUCUCACAGUGAGUCAAGGCGGCCCCGGGUCCUUGGCUUCUAUUAGUUGGCGGCACCUGCGCGGGCGACCUCGUGACCUGGGUCCCUCUAUGUGAGGUCUCCGCGUGUGCCUCUUCACGGGGCCCCUCUGCCAUCGUGUCCGCGCCGCGUCCUCAGCAAGUAUUCUGACCGGCCUCGGCCUCAUUUUGGUGGCGCCUUUUGGUCUCAUAUUCGUAGCGCCUUUCGUCAUUUUUUGCCACGUUUUUGGCAGUUUUUCCGCACUUUUUCGCAUUACUAGUUAGAAUGGAGCAGUUAUGAGCUAGCAAGUGACAGCUAUUAGUCAGAAUUCAACUAUUGCUAGCUAUGAUCUCGCAGGUAUUAGUUAUAAUAUAACGCUUACUAGUGAGAAAAUGGCAUUUACUAACUAUCAAGUGACAGAUAUUAGCUAGAGUUAAACAGUUAUUAGUUAGGAACUCGCGUUUAUUAGUUACAAUUCGACACUUGAGUAUUUGUUAGAGAGUGACGCUUAUUAGCUAUCAGCUGACAUUUACUAGCUAAAGUUACGCAGUUACUAGCUAGAAGCUCACACUUACUAGCCAUAACUCAACACUUAACAGGUAGAAAAUGACACUUACCAGCUCAAGCCCUCAAACACAAACAGUUACUAGUGAGAGAAUGCCAGUUAUUAGCUAUAAGCUUUUCUCGCCUGUUUGUUAAGCUUUUCUCGCUUGUUUGUUUUCUUGUUACGUUUUUUGCUUCAACGUCUGGGUCUGGCUUGUGUUUUUUAUUCUUAUUUUGUAUGAUCAGCAUAUAAUUAAACAACUACUGGCUACAACCAGCUUGCGUUUACUAGUUAAAACUAAAAAACAGUUACUAGUUAACAAAUGACACUCACUAGCUAGCAGCUCGCGCUUUUUAGUUAAAGUUAGACAGUUACUAGUUACGAGCACGCAUAUACCAGUUAGAGUUGGACACUUGUUGCUUAGAAAAUAACACUUACUAGUUAUCAACUAACAAGUACUAGUUAAAAUUAGGCAAAGGCAGUUACUCGCUACCAAAUCACACUUAUUCUAUUGCUUAAGAUUAAACGGUUACUAGCUAUCAACUUGCGUUUACUAGUCGAAAUUAGACAGCUACUAGUUAACCAGUGACGCUUACUAGUUAGCAGCUCGCCCUUUUUAGUUAAAGUUAGACGAUUACUAUUCAUGAGCUCGCGCCUAUUAGUUAGAUUUGGACAUUUAUUGGUUAGAAGAAAACACUUACUAGCUAUCAACUAACAAGCACUAGCUAAAAUUAGACAAUUACUAGUUACCAAGUCGCACUUAUUAGCCAAAAUUAAACAAGUGCUAGCUAUCAACUUGCGUUCACUAGUUAGAGUGAAACAGUUACUAGUUAACAAGUGACGCUCACUAGUUUCUAGUUAGCAGCUCACUGAAAAAGGGAAGAGGAAGAAAGCAAAAACUUCGCAACCGGGUCACGGUUUUGCUCUAGAGUUCGAAGGCUAAAGAGCGGUGCGGGCCCUGUGUGUGUGUGUGCAUUGUUUGCGGCUAUGUGUGGGUGGGGCGGCUUUUCGAAAGUGGAGCAGCCUUUUGAUUGAAGGCGUUUGGGUUUUUGAAAGGUUUUGGCGUUUUGAAAAGUUUGGGACUCUUUGGGAGGUUUGGGCUCUUCGAAAAGUUUGGGCUUUUUGAAAACUUUGGGCCUUUGAAAAAGUUUGGGCUUUUUGAAAAAUUUGGGCUUUUUGAGAAAGUUCGGGCUUCUGAAAAAGUUUGCGCUAAAGUUCGGGCUUUUUAAAAAGUUCGAGCUUUUGAAAACGUUCGGCCCUUUGGAAAAAUUUGGGGCUUUGAUUGUGAGGCCAAAAAAUCCAAGUCAGAGCUAUCAUUAGCUCCAGGGAGCUUGUCCUGGGGAUGCUCUUCCAGAAAGCCUGUGCUGCUCUGGAAAAGCUGCCCCAGAAAACCUGCCCUGGAAAUGCUGCCCCAGAAAACUUGCCUUGGGAAACUUGUCCCAGGAAGCCUGUUUUGGAAAGGUUGGCCCAGAAGUCUUUUUCUGGAAAGGCUGUCGCAGAAGUCUAGAGCUGCAAACGCUUUCCCAGAAGUCUUGCGCUGGAAACAAAGGCUGCCCCAGAGGUCUUUUUCUGGAAAGGCUGCCCCAAAAGUCUUGGAUGUUCUGGAGAGGGUGCUCCAGACGUCUUCCUCUGGGAAGGUUGCUCCAGCAGUCUUGUUCUGGGAAGGCUGUCCUGGAGGUCUUGUUUUGGAAAUGCUUUCCCAAAAGUCAAGUGUUGCUCUGGAAAGGCUGCCCCAGAAGUCUUGUUUUGGCGAGGCUUUCCUGGCGUUUGUGUUCUGGGUAGGGUUCACUUCCCUAAAGUCUCGCCGACAGGCUGCCCCAGGAAGCCUUUUGGCUCUGGCAAGGCUGUUCCAGAAAACCUGUCGUGGGAAGGCUGUUCCAGAAGUCUUGUUCUGGGUAGGGUCCAAAAGUCUAACGGCCUCGUUCAUUUUAUCAUCAUGCUUGUAGUUAUUUGCUUGCCGUUUUAUUAUUACUCGUCGGCAAAUGUUUUUGAAGAGGCUGGAUUACAACUACAAGCUACUUAGCUACUUUUUGAUAAGUAAAAUGGUAAAAAAAACGUCAAAAAGUUACUUCUCGCACGUGCGCAAUUUUCGUCGCCCUUGCAUGAUCAGGCGCGUGCAUAUUGAUACUCGUCGCAUCAUCUUCGAGCGCUGAGAGGUAAUAGAGCCGCCAGCUCAUUGCAUAGAAAUGAGUCCUAUAAUUUUUGUUUGUUUGUUUUGAUGCGCUCCGGGCGACGCGUACGACCCCGACGGAUUUCUUUGUGCUCUGUGUGUGUUAUAUAUGCUAUGGUCGUCAUUGCGAUCGAGUGCGAUACUUCUGGUCGCCACAGUCCCCGCCGGCUGCGGCUUUUGUGGCAUGCCAGGCGCCGCGUGCUGCAGGGGGCGGCGACUGCGUGUAGGUAGCGCCCGGCGGUGUGGCGCGGCCGGGUUUGGUAGACAUUUCUACGGCUUGCGUGCUCUGUCCUUCGCGUCUUCGUUUUGUCUUCGUUCUUUUUUGUCUUCGCGUGCUUCCUUUCUUGUCUCCUCCUUGCUCGUUCUCUGUUCGCCAUCACCUAUCUCGGCCCCCGUCUUAUCGUAGCGGGGGCAGCGAUGGGUUACCACAGCGGCCGCUACUCGUUUCCCCUUGUCUUCGCUGGAGGUGUGGCGGCUGCGCUCGCAAGGACGCACCGCCGAAGCUGGUCGCUAAGUCGCGAAGGUGUGGGAUGAGCUGCUUCGGGUUCGACGCAGCCGGCUCCACAUUCGCCGGAACCCCUUGCGUCUCUAGUAGAGCCUGGAGCGCAGAGCACUGUAGUAGGUGCGGCGUGCUUGCCGCAAGGCCAGGGCAAAACGGGCAGCCAACGUCCUCCCGCCUUCCCGCGAGCAUGCUACGGCUCGCAAGAGGUCUCUGCGUGCCGCAGCUGCCUGUAUCUGUUGCGGUCUUGGCUGUCUUGCUCCUUGUGCAUGCUGCUCCGCUUAUCUGGCGCGACUUGGCUACGCGAAGCACCCUCGCUGUCUCCGUGCGGUACUGCCGGUGGCUGAUCGCCUGCCCCGUCUCGGCGGAGGAGUCCGAGGGGCUUGCUACUCCGGCUAGCUGGUGCUCAGCGAUCUCGUUGCCGGCGGCGCCUGAGUCUGAGUGCCCCCGGGUGAGUCUCAGCCUUGGUCUGCCCGCUGGUGUGGUCUGAGUCUUGCCAGGGCAGCGCGAAGAGCCGAGUGCAGGGCUCUCUCGUUUUCGUUCUUGAGUGCUGGGCUUAGGGUCGCGCGCGCGUGGGGCUGGCUAUCGGUUAUAACGACGACCCUCUGGCCAGGGGUAGCCUUGGCGCUUAUCCCCGACAGGGUCGCUCCGAUUGCCGACCUCUCCACCUCGAAGGAGUCACACAGCGGCCCGCAGUCCCAGGCGGAGCCGCAGUAGCCAGCGCUACUGUACCAGAAAGCCGCUGCACCACCGCGAAAACCGGAGACCUUCGCGCCUGCUUUGCUCAAAGCGUCGACGAGUGCUGGGGCGCCACGUGCUGCGCUUGGUUCGACGAUGAGGCGCCCGCCCUCUUGCGCCACGUGUACGCUAGCGCAGCCGUCACCCGCAUGCCCGGCAACCUCUGGCAGCGCGGUCGGCUUUGCUGCGUGCGAUGCUCCGCAUUGGAUGGCCCUUCUCCUGGUCUGGAUCCAUCUGACCCCGGGGCGCUUGUCUACUAGUAAGUUGCCGGAGGAGGUCCGCCUUGGGGCGCGAGCUUGCCCUAGCGACCACCGGCGCCGCGUCGGCCGUGUGCUUCUCUUCGAAUGUCGCCAGCCCUGCCAGGGCGAGGGCGCGCCCCCGCUGUGUGCUCCUUGGCUGCCCCAGGACCAGGCAUGCUGCGCGGUACUGGAAGCCCUCGGGCUCUUUCCUUUGCUCUGCGGUCAGCCUUCCCCAAUAGCACACCAACCUGCACGCAGCUGCUGCCUCGGCAAGAAAAUAAAAGCUGACGCAUCGCGCGGAUUUCUCGAGCGCGGCGCCAGGACUCCCCGGCAAGCUGCCGCGCAGCAGCCUCCCUGCGUCGCAUCUUAGCGGCGAGCGCCUCGAAAUGCCUCCCGAACGGCCACCGGCGGUCGACGACGAUCCCGAGGAACUUCGGGCGCGGGUCGUAGUGGGUCUGCACCUUCCCAGCCGUGAGGGUAAGCUCCGGCACCUCGCGCGCAUGCUGCUCUUGGGAGACAAUGUAGAAGCACUUUCCUGGCGACAGCUGUGCGCUACUAGACGCGCAGAACGCAGCCACGACGCCCAGGGUCGCCUGGUGCUCCCGCUGCCUGGCCUGCGGGUCUGUGUACUCGACCGAGGGCAUGACACUCAUCGCCGACAUUUCCAAACACUUCGACGCCAGGGCAGCGCGCUCGGAGCUCAACUAGAAGGGGGCCGGCAUAGUGCCCCCACACUGAUGGGCCGCUGGCUGUUCUUGGCGGAGCGCCUUGCCCCAAGUCGACCCUUGGCGAGAGCGCCUCUGCGAACCGCGCGACCCUUGUCCGCCCAGAAACGAAAGCCCCUAGCCAUCGGGCUAUCGGGAGGGGCUGCUGUCUGUCUGUCGCUAGACCUGGCCGGCCCACUGCCCACGGCUUUCGUGGUGCUCAAGUUGCUGCGCCUGGCAGGUAGACGGCUGGCGAAAAGGUCCGGCGGGACACGCUCGAAGGCCCCUGCGAGGUCCAAGAAGACGGCCGCCCGUCGUUUGUGCUUGCGGGAGGUCUCCUGGGCCUUGACUGCCAUGGCAGCCACGUGGUCAGGCGCUGCCCUUGCUGGUGUGUCACCGUGCUGCGCCGGGCCGUGCUGUAAGCGGCCAGCAGCCUGGAAGAGCAGCCGGAGGCGCCUCUGUGUGGUUCUCUCGGCCACCUUUGCUGUUGUCGACGUCAAUGCAAUCGGGCGCAGGCCUUUCGGCUCUGGUGCGUUUGCUGGCUCCUUUGCGGGCUUCAGGAUCGGCGUGCACAGCUCGCUGCGGAGUGGGGCUGGGACUAUUCCGGUGCCCAAGCUGCUCCGGAUGAAUCUCAGCAGCAGUCUCUUGCCUGUCGUGGGCAUCUCUUGUAGCUGCUGCGCUGUGAUCCCGUCCUCCCCUAUUGUUUUUCCUCUAUCAUGAUAGAGCACAUCAUCAAAAUCAAUGAGUCCCGUAAAAUUUUGUAUAGCUAGAAAUCGAGUCGCUGCCCAUCGUAUUGGGAUGACGCAUUCGCUUACCCAUAAUGUGCAUAGUGUUGGCCCUUGUUGAUUCUGAUGCCAUAGCUCGACGCUGUCCUUUAAGAAAAAAUUUCCAGUAGUUGCAUCUGUUGUUUGCUCUAAGUCCACCAAUCGCGGUUGCUUCUUGUGCCUCGGCAGCAUGAUUGUAUUGUGUAAGCGUAUUUGGCAACUUGAUGGAGAGCCCUUGCGAUCGCAGGCCAACACGAUUAACGGUAGAACAAUAUCAAGGCCGUGACUGAUAGAUAAAGAUAGCAUAAAGCUUACAUCAACACAGUUGCAAUGUCUUCAAUAAGCUCUAACGUCUUACCUUGUAAUUGUGAUGGCACCUAACUCAACAACAUACGUGAUGAGUUUGAGUACGUAUGGCGUCUUGUAGCUAUGUGCAACUGGUCGCUAUCGUUUCCAUUUACAACAACUUCCUUGCUGCUCCUUCAUCUUCGUCCCCCUGCUGAAGCUCAAAGAUCCUGGUCUGGUCUGGUAAGUUCGGGCACUCACAUCGUGGAUCUUCCUGUCGUGUUAGCGUAAGACCCUGUCGCCAUGAAAUAAGAUUAACAGUUUUCAACUUGAGACAUCGUAUGCAUUGCCCGGGCGACAGGGUCUAUAAUGGGCCUGAAUAAGUAGGCGGGAAAAAUGCCGCAUGUUCUAGGGCAAGCAAAACAGCUCCGCCGAUAACCGGCAUUGGAAAUAGAGGAGCGCUCGAAUUUGGGUCAAGUAAUGCGUCGAUCCAUGUAAGGACAAAAAAUGACGGGAAAGGCGUGGCUCAGUGCAGAACCCACAGCAAGGAAGUUCGUCCCAGCAUCGCAAUACAGCAGACGCAGCGCACCCCGAUACAAGAUGCAACGCUUAGCGGAGGGAGAGGCCAGGCGGGCGCGCGCGGACGCCGAGUAGUUAGUACUUAGUAGUGCAGAGCGUUACGACCCCGGUCAAGCGAAGAGGGACGACAAUACGACGCAGCACACUAUUGGGCUCCCUGCUCGAGUAGGUUGGCGCGGCCGGCAUAGUCGCCUCGUGCUUCGCCCCGAAGGGUGCACUAGGCAACCACUACCCAGCCACACCUCGCGCCGCUAUCUUGUGAAUAAAGUGGAACUAUUUAUACAUAUGUCACGUAAGUACAUAGCUGCGCCGUCGAGUGAUUCACCACAAUACCUUGCUGUUAAGUCGAAUCACUGCUCACGCGAGUACGCAAGCGAAUGGAUCAAGUGCACGCGUUACGCGUAAGGCUCUGCACAAGACGGCCAUCAAUAUAUGCUUGGGAGGCGCGGCCUCGUGUAUCAGCUCUGCGCGCGUUGUGGCCACCCCCUCUAUAUUAAGCACUUAAUUAAGUGAGACGGCGGCAAGAGUCUCCGCAGCUGUGGGGUUUGGCGGUCGCGUUCUUUUUGAGUGGUUAGCUUAGUUAGGGGCCUAGAAUAAUGCUGGAGUCGUGGGAAGAGCACGUGCGAAAGUUGGUGGCGGCAUGAGGUUACGGCUGAUAGUCGAAGGGGGUUUUCGUCGUCUGUCCAUGGUAAAGGGAACAAGUAAGCGAGGUCGAUGAGCAUGAUAUAGGAGGCGUCCUCCUCGUACCUGGAUUGACGUAGGGAGUCAACGUUUGCGCCAUGUUGUCCUUGUGGCCCCUUUCUUUGAGUUCUUGAUCCUCCGUCGUUGUGGUAUUGUUGCUUUAGGUAAGCCUCUACUUCUUCUAGCAAAAGCGCAGCGCCUUCAGUUAUAGCCGUAGCAUCUUCUUCUAAUGAUCUUGGACUGCGCGAGGUGCACGAACGUCGACAACGAUGAGCAAGGUCGUAGUACUGUGGGCUGUAGGUCGUAGCUUAGAUGAGACAAGAGCGAAGGACAAGGAUCUAAAUAGAGCGUGAAACUAAGUGGAAUGCUAAUCGAAUAAGUCGAAUGAAAACAUAUACGAAGCAGGGCCGGGAUCUAUAAGUCGAAUGAAUGCCGCCAGAUCUGUCAUGUGUUCCUCUGCAGCGCAUAAAUCGGCCACGCGGUCCAGUAGAGAGGAGUAGAGGGGGUGCGAUACAUUCAGGAAGUUGUAGUUGACGAUAGUUACUGUUUGGUAGUCCCUCUGAGGCUACGGACGUUCGCCCGAGGAUACAGGUCAAACUGUGGACGGCGAGCCAACUCCUAACCCUAAUCCCUCCUCGUUAGAUCAUUACUCUUAGCUACGUUCCUAGUUGUUCCUAUGAUCCCAUGUGCCAGUCCUCUCACUUUGCUCCAUGAUACGAAUCCAUUGUUGACGACGUAGGAGGGUGGAAGCAAGAAGUUUAUCAUAAACUGUUUAUGUCUUCUCCGCAGAGGUCUUUCGCCGGCGAACUGUAGAAGUGCAACUUCUACCAGUGCUGCGCAAGCCGUUGAAAAGAACUGCGCAUCACUUUCAUCGUUCCUUUGUGACAAUAUAACAAAAUCACGUGAUGUUCCUUGUUUACAACCUAUGGGUUCACGGAAGGACCCAACUCCAAUUCCUACCAAUCCGGUGCUUGAUGCGCAGGGCUGCGGCGGGAACCCAGUCUGAU